UUGGACGAGGCUUGUGUCCACGCCCACGACACUCCAUACUUGUCUUUCCCGCGAACGACAGUCCCUCGCGGGUUGACGCUGUUUAGCUGUGUGCUAGGUAUUGCAUGGACGCCUAGGACACUGCCGUUAAGAUUAUCUCUCAAGUACGGCGAAAACAGCUUUGAAACUCGCACACAUGGCGAAGCAAAGCUCACUUUUCAAUUUUUUUACCAAGUCUCCGCCGCCGGUCUCCAAGGCGAAGCCGAGUCCUUCUCCAACCGAAGCAGACCUCCCUUCCUCCGUGGAGAAGUCUAAUUCCUCUCCGAAAGAGCAAGCUAAACAAGCACACCAACACAAGACAACCAAGACCAACAACAUUAAGCCGAAAAGUAACUCCAAGCCUGCCAAAGCGGGAUUCGGCAAACUAUUUGGCGACAAGGCCCCAACAACCAAACAGAGUGACUCCACAUGCACAUUUAAUGCUGGUGCCCUCGUGUGGGCAAAACUGGAGGGACACCCCUGGUGGCCAUGCAUGGUGGUACCCCAGCCUCUGAGUGGACAGCAGAUGAGGGGCAGUGGGCGGAACCAACGCAUACAUGUCCAUUUCUUUGAUGAGCCACCUACUAGAGGAUGGGUCAGCACUAAAUAUGUCAGAGAGUACCAAGGCUCUAACAGCAGCGAUGCUAAAAUGGGAGGUGUGUUCUUCAGUGGGAAACCUGUAAUCCGUCGUGCAAUGGAGCUCGCUGAUAAAGUUAUGAGUGACAGCCCCAAGAAAAGAUUAAAGAUGCGUCUUUGUAUGGAUGCCUCUGAUGAUGAAGAUGACGAUGAAGAAAUGGAGCUUGACAAGCCAACUCUGAGUGAUGAAGAAACCAGUGAUGAGGAUGUCCAGAAAAAUGAGACGGUGAAGUCGCCCAAGGUCAGUCGGCAUUCAUCACGUGCUUCAGCAGAAAAGGGGAAUAAGGCCAAGCGCCGUCGCAUAAUUGUAGCCUCAGACAGUGAUGGAUCAGAUGAAGAAUUCAAACCAGAACAAGCUGCGUCCAGCAGUGAGGAUGAGGAGGAAGAAGGGACAGUGAGCAGUGAAGAGGAGAGCACACAGGAGUCCGAAGCAGACAGCCCCGUCAAGCCUGUAAAGCGCAAACGACCCUCAGAAAAGCCUGCUCCUACAAAAGCCAAGAUACUUACUACCCCAUCCAGUGCACCAAAACGAGCUCCAGCAGCUGUUUCAGUCAACACAAAGUCCCGUUUGUCAGCCUUUUCUGCCCCUGACAACUUUGAGAGCCAGACAGAUGGAUCGGGCAGCGGUGGAGGUACCACAAUUUGGGACCACGAAAAGUUGGAGUGGUUGCAGGAUGGCAGAAGGAAGGACAGCAGAAGGCGGCGUCAGAUGGAGGACAACUACGAUCCUACAACCCUGUAUGUACCAGAAGACUUUCUAAACAGAAACACUCCUGGUAUGCGUCGGUGGUGGCAGCUCAAAUCUGAGAUGUUUGAUACAGUCAUUUUCUACAAGGUGGGGAAGUUUUAUGAGCUCUACCACAUGGACGCUGUGAUAGGAGUCAGUGAGAUGGGACUGACUUUUAUGAAGGGGACCUGGGCACACUCAGGCUUUCCAGAGAUUGGCUUUGGACGUUUCUCAGACGUACUGGUCCAGAAGGGCUACAAGGUGGCUCGUGUGGAGCAGACAGAGACCCCGGAGAUGAUGGAAGCACGCUGUAAGACCAUGGCCAAGCCCACAAAGUUUGACCGUGUGGUGAGAAGAGAGGUGUGCCGGAUUAUCACACGUGGUACCCAAACAUAUAGCGUGUUGGACGGCGCUCCCUCUGAGACUCAGAGCAAGUUCCUGCUGAGUUUAAAGGAAAAGGCUGAAGAGGAAAGCUCCGGGCGUUGCCGCACAUAUGGAGUCUGCUUUGUAGAUACCUCUGUGGGUUUUUUCCAUGUGGGUCAGUUUCCAGACGAUCGGCACUGCUCACGCCUGCGCACUCUGAUAGCACACUUUCCCCCUGCUGAAGUGCUCUUUGAAAGGGGGAACCCAUCCGUUGAAACACGCAAAAUACUCAGGGCCUCUCUGUCCUCUGCUCUGCAGGAAGGACUUAAUGCCAGCACACAGUUCUGGGAUCCUCAGAAGACUCUUAAAACCCUAUCAGAGGAAGAUUAUUUUAGAGAGAGUGGUGGUGAGGAUCAGGGGACAGGGAACAAAUUUCUUCCCGCUCUUCUAAGAGAGAUGACUUCUGAGAGCGAUUCACUGUGCCUUACUCCUAAAGAAGGCUAUGAGCUGGCACUGUCAGCACUGGGUGGAUGUAUUUUCUACCUGAAGAAAUGCCUGGUUGACAAAGAGCUGCUCUCUCUGGCCAACUUUGAAAAAUAUGUCCCUGUUGAUGUUGAGAUGGAGAAAGCUGCUGGACCCGGCAGUUUUUUUGCCAAGACUCGUCAGCGGAUGGUGCUUGAUGGAGUGACACUAGCAAACUUGGAAAUCUUUCAGAAUGGGUCAGGAGGAACAGAAGGGACACUGCUGGAGCGCUUGGACACCUGCUCUACCCCGUUUGGAAAGAGGCUGCUGAAGCAGUGGGUCUGUGCUCCCUUGUGUAACCCCACAUCCAUUAAGGACCGACUGGAUGCAGUAGAGGACCUGAUGGGAGCUCAGGCCCAGGCUACUGAGGUUUCAGACCUUCUAAAGAAGCUCCCAGAUUUGGAGCGUCUUCUGAGUAAGAUCCACAGCAUUGGCACUCCCCUGAAGGGCCAGGAUCACCCUGACAGCAGAGCAGUUCUCUAUGAGGAGGUCACCUACAGCAAGCGCAAGAUUGCAGACUUCCUCUCAGCACUGGAAGGCUUCAAAAUUAUGCAAGAGAUCAUUUCUGUCCUCGCUCCAGUUUCAGGCGAAUGUCAAUCCACAUUGCUUCGCCAAGUUGUCAGUCUGAAAAGUGAAAAGGACGGGCUCUUUCCUGACCUCUCUGCUGAACUCCGGCGCUGGGAGACAGCCUUUGACCAUCAGAAAGCGCGCACUACAGGUGUCAUAACCCCUAAGGCUGGGUUUGACCCAGAGUACGACCAGGCUCUGACUGGUAUCAAGAACUGUGAACGAGAGCUGCAGGAUUACCUGGACCGACAGAAGAAGAGACUUGGCUGUAAAAGCAUGGCCUACUGGGGAACUGGGCGAAACCGCUACCAGAUGGAGGUUCCUGACAGUGUCUCGGAGAGGAAUAUUCCUGAGGAGUACGAGGUGAAGUCCACAAAGAAAGGCUGGAAGCGUUACGUGACAAAGGAGACCGAGCGGCUGUUCUCAGAGCUGCAGGGAUUUGAGGAGAAGAGAGAUGCUGCCCUGAAAGACUGCAUGAGGAGGCUCUUCUACAACUUUGACAAGAACUACAAAGAGUGGAAGACCAGUGUGGAGUGCAUGGCAGUGCUGGAUGUGCUGCUGGCCAUGUCACGCUACAGUCAGGGUGGAGACGGACCGAUGGCCAGGCCAGAGGUGGUGCUCCCUGAGGGUGAUGACCAGGUGGCACCCUUCCUUGCCCUCACCGGAUCCCGCCACCCUUGCGUCACCAAGACCUUUUUUGGCGACGACUUCAUCCCAAAUGACAUCCACAUUGGCUGCCCUGGCAGCAGUGACGGUGAUGAAGGGAAAGGUGAUGCGUCCUGUGUCCUUGUCACAGGGCCAAACAUGGGUGGAAAAUCUACUCUCAUGAGACAGUGUGGACUUGUGAUCAUCCUAGCCCAGCUGGGUUGCUAUGUUCCUGCUGAGAGCCUGCGCUUCACGCCAGUCGACAGGGUCUUCACUCGGCUGGGAGCCUCGGAUCGUAUUAUGGCUGGAGAAAGUACCUUUUUCGUGGAGCUCAGUGAGACUGCCAGCAUCCUGCACCAUGCCACUAAACACUCCCUUGUGCUCCUGGAUGAAUUAGGAAGGGGCACGGCCACAUAUGACGGCACAGCAAUUGCCAGUGCUGUUGUGAAGGAACUUGCUGAGAAGAUCUGCUGUCGCACACUCUUCUCUACACAUUACCACUCACUGGUGGAGGACUAUGCCAACAACCAUGCUGUGCGGUUGGGCCACAUGGCGUGCAUGGUGGAGAAUGAAUGCGAGGAUCCAAGUCAAGAGACAAUCACAUUCCUCUACAAGUUCAUCACUGGUGCUUGUCCAAAGAGUUACGGCUUCAAUGCUGCUCGACUCGCCAGCCUGCCGGAGGAAGUCAUCCAGUCAGGCCACAGGAAGGCCAGAGAGUUUGAGAAAAGCACCAUCAGCCUAAGGCUCUUCAAGAAGCUCUGCCAGUUUGCUGAGGAUACAACGCUGGGCAACACACACUUUGCUUCACUUGUUCAGAUGCUCAAUAACGUGUAGUUUGUAUACAUGCUUUGAUUCUGCUGAGGUUUUGUUUUCAGUUUUCUUGAAAAAAAAAAAAAAAAAAAAAACUACUGUAAGGGCAACACACAAUUUGCUUCAUUUGUUUAGAUGCUCAGUAACCUGUAGUUUGUAUACAUGCUUUGAUCCUGCAGAGGAUUUGUUUUCAGUUUUUCUUGAAAUAAACACUACUGUAAUGAUCUAAUAAAGUUUAUUUUUAAAAAAAUGACAAUGUUUCAUCUAGGAAAUUAAACCCUUUUAAUUCACGCUAGCGCCUACAUAACGGUUAUUGAAUACUUCACAAUAUAUUAAGUCUAGAUGUUAUGAUACAUGCAUACAUUUCAGUCUGUAUGAGAACCCACAAUCACCAGUACACAUGAAUGGGGAAGAACAGGGGAAGGGAAAUGAAACCAUAUAGUGCUGUAUAUAGAUACUUGUCUCAGCUUCAGUAGAGUAAAAGCAUUUUAAAUUCUCCAGCAACUUUGACAAAGAAGGGAAAACACAUUAAGAUAAGCUGUGCUUUCACAAGACUUUUUUUUUUUUUUUGGACUAACUCCAAAGUAAAAAUGAUGUCCAUCCUCUAAAGGAAGUUGUGUAUCUCAAGAACCCAGGAAGUAACAUAUGUGCCCACUAUUUAAAAAGAAGACAAGCACAUUUAUUGUAAUACUGGGCAAGAUGUAUAUAGAUUAAUCUACUUGACUGAUAAAUCAGUGACAAUUUGUCAAUGUAGAGCCAUUCAAAUGUCCUAAACAACAAACAAAAAACAAAAUUUUAUAUUGUAAGAGGCUGGGUCUUAAUUAGAAUAUCAACUCUUUCUGCAAAUUGGUUCUUGCGUGACAGGCCAAUACAAACAGAAAAUCUGCAUAAAAAUUGGGGGCGAUAUCACAGCUGCUCUGCUCCCUUGCAAAGACAAACAUUAAAGAUGCUAUUCCUAAAAGAAAGCGCAAUGCUAGUCUUGUGAAAGCACAUUUCAGCAUCCAUUUUUCUGUAUUGCAAAUGUAAAGGAGUCAACGUUGCUGGAGAAAGUGUUUAGUGUUUUCCUCUCUUUUCUCUGAUCUCUUUCACAGAAAGAAGUUAGAUACUGCGACAUGUAGAAUUACAGCAAUUCUAGGGUAUAAUAACCAAAGAAAUUUAACACAUUUAAUAAAAUAAAGACAUUCAAGUACAGUAAGAUUUUUGCAUGAAAAUACAAAACUACACAAAAAGCAUUAAAAUCAAAUCUCAACAGUUGUCUCGAGGGG